AAUGUGUGCGCCGACGCAGAUUUGUGACUGAAGCGGAACCCGGGAAGAAACACUUGAACGUUGGGACAACGUGAUUUGCCAAUGACAGCCGAGUGUGCUGAACACUGAGAAACUACUGAAGUUUUCCACUCAUCGGUAUUCAUCCGAUAUAUUUACACGUGUUGCAGAAAAAAAUGGCCCUGAAUAAGUCUAUGCAUCCUCGAAACCGGUAUAAGGAUAAACCUCCAGACUUUGUCUAUCUGGCCUCUAAAUAUCCUGAAUUCCAGAAGCACGUGCAGACCACACUGACCGGCAGAGUGACGCUCAACUUUAAGGACCCGGAGGCUGUUCGAGCUCUCACAUGCACCCUGCUAAAAGAGGAUUUUGGCCUAACCAUCGAGAUCCCUCUGGAACGGCUCAUCCCCACUGUGCCGCUCCGCCUUAACUACAUUCACUGGGUGGAGGACCUGAUUGGGGGACAGGGGAACCCACGGAGGGGCAUCGACAUCGGUACUGGUGCUUCCUGUAUUUACCCCCUGCUGGGAGCCACAAUGAAUGGCUGGUUCUUCCUCGCCACAGAAGUGGAUGACAUCUGCUUUAAUUAUGCGAAGAAGAACGUUGAGCAAAACCACCUGGCAGAGCUCAUUAAAGUGGUAAAAGUGCCGCAGAAGACUCUGCUGAUGGAUGCGCUAAAGGAAGAGUCCAUUGUCUAUGAUUUCUGCAUGUGCAAUCCUCCUUUUUUUGCCAACCAGUUAGAAGCAAAGGGGGUGAAUUCGAGAAACUCCCGCAGACCUCCGCCCAGCUCCAUCAACACAGGGGGUGUCACUGAGAUCAUGGCAGAGGGUGGAGAGCUGGAGUUUGUGAAAAGGAUCAUCCAUGACAGUCUGCAGCUGAAGAAGAGGCUUAGGUGGUACAGUUGCAUGCUGGGAAAGAAGUGUAGCCUUGCACCUUUGAAAGAUGAGCUGCGGAAACAAGGGGUUUCCAAAGUAACACACACGGAGUUCUGUCAAGGUCGGACCAUGCGCUGGGCCCUGGCUUGGAGUUUCUAUGAUGACGUACCUGUGCCUUCACCCCCCUGUAAGAAGCGUAAGCUGGAGAAGGCCCGUAAGCCCCUCACCUUCACUGUACUGAAGCCCACUGUGGCGGAGCUACAGGCGCAGGCACCCAGCAUCGGCUGCACUGACAUCAGCCCCACAGAGAGUGUGACUGCCUGGCUGGAGAAGAUCCUCACAGACCUCAAGAUACUUCACAAGCGGGUUCCUUGUGGAGAGGCGGAGCUUAGCCUCUUCCUGACAGCAGUGGAGAACACCUGGAUUCACGCACGGCAGAAGAGACGAGAACAGGGACGACAUCUGCGCGAGCUCCCUAGAGCACAACCGGCCUCCGCCAUGGAUACCUCUGCUCCAUCUGUCCCUGACACAGACACUCCAGCACCAGAGGAAACCACAGCAGAGGGCAGCAACGGGAAGGAGACAGACGAGCAGCACAACCCAAAGAAAGGUGCUGACGUCCCAAUGGAAUCCCCCACCGAACCAAAAGAAGCGGAUGUUAGCGGUCCUCAAAACCCAGAGACGGUACAGCACUUUCUCUUCAAGUGCCUGGUGAACGUGAAGGAAGAAGAGAAUGAUGUGGUGGUGGAGAUGCAUUGGGUGGAAGGGCAAAAUAAAGAUCUGAUGAACCAGCUCUGCACUUGUUUGAAGAACUCUCUCUUCCGACAGGUAGCCAAACCCACCUAACACUACAUGGGCUUUGUUAACGUUUCCUUCCCUUUUCUGACACAGAUUCACAGCAGUAAAUGAAACUAAACUCCAAACCAAAUGGACUCUAAAUGAAACAAAACUCCACUAUCAGAUGUUUUAUUAGCCACUGAUCAACGUUGUUUGAACUAAAUUUUAUCACGUUUGUAAUAAAAAUAUUUUAAAUA